CGCUUCCUUCACGUGCCGACAACAUGGCGGCUCCCAUAGCGAUUCAUCUGGAGUUUGGAGGAGGAGCAGAACUGCUUUUUAACGGCGUCAAGGAACACCAUGUGACUCUUCCAAGCCAAUCAGAACCUUGGGACAUGAAGCAGCUGCUGGUUUGGAUCCAGAGGAACCUCCUGAAGGAACGACCCGAACUCUUCCUCCAGGGAGACUCCGUGAGGCCUGGGAUUCUGGUGCUUAUCAAUGAUGCAGACUGGGAGCUAAUGGGGGAGCUGGAAUAUCAACUGCAGGACCGAGACAACGUUGUGUUUAUUUCUACUCUUCAUGGAGGAUAAAAGAAUGAGCACAUAUCUGCAACAGUUCCAGCCUGUUUCCUCCACAUCCUCUGCACUCUUUGCUCCCCCCCUCUACAUCCCAAUAACACGUGAUCCCAUUGGAUGCUGUGGAUGUGUCGUCCCACACUCAGACCACUGAUGCUGGUCCACAGGAAUGAGUGGAAAUUCAGAGAUGGUCACGGUGACAAACGUGGAAGCUGUGAGAUGGGAAUCCUGAAGACAAUUUUCUUUUAAAAAAAAAAAAAAAAAUCAAGCUGGUUUAAGCUGUGAUUGUACUGAUCAGCUCACUGGUGCAAGUGUAAAUACCUGCAGUUAGUUAUUCUACCUUUAUUUCUCUGCAACCAUCUAUCCAAAGUGGGACAAAAUUUGUUUUAAAAUUACCUUCACUUCACCAGAAAAUACAAGAAAACUCUUUACCCUUCCAUUAGCAUUUAUUAAACAUCUAAUAAAUUCUUUAUAAUUCACAAUAUUGUUAUUGUGAGUAGAUAAGAAUAUUUUAAGUGUUUAUUAAUAUGAAAAAAAUUAAAACUCAUGUAGACAUAUUUAAUAUGAUUACAGAUGUGUCAAUAUUAUCUGUUUACACAGAAACAACCAGAUGCUUCACAGAUUUAGCUGUAAUUAAUAUGUUGAUAAACACGUUAAAAUGUCUUUAUCUCCUUACAAGUAGCUGUUUAGUGUGUUACAAACCAUUUAUUAAAUGUAAAUAGUUUACUUUUAAGUGCUUUUUAUGUCUGUGUAAUUGACUUUUUUUUAAUUUUAUUUUUGUUUUGAUUCUUUAUUAUUUUCCUAAAAUGGAAAUAAAAAGAAUCUUUUUCUACCAUGA